AUGUCAUCAGGCGCUCCCGCAAGUCUCAUCAGCACCUCUUUACCUUUGCCCCUGCUCGCAAAAGGCAAAGUGCGAGAUUUGUACGAUGCUGGACCCGUCCUGUCUUCCGAAGUCGAUGCUGGAAGGUUGGGCGAAGAGUACAGAGAUGCCAUACUCUUCGUAGCGACGGAUCGCAUCAGCGCAUUCGAUGUGAUCCUGGAAAAUGUGAGUGUUGGAUGAGAGCGAAAAGCAGCGAGGUGUGCUGACCAUUCUGCUUGGCCCAAACCUGCGCAAUUGCAACACCGGCCGACAGGGCAUCCCAUCCAAAGGCCCGCUACUGCACGCCCUCUCCACUUUCUGGUUCGACCUGCUCACACCUUCCAUCCUUCCAUCUCACGUUCUAUCGAAUUCCUUUGAUUCCUUUCCCGCAGCACUCCGAUCCGCACUCUCCUCUGUAUCCUCUCAAGUAGCAAAUCGCAGCAUGCUGGCCAGACGAGCCAGAGUGUUGCCCAUCGAGGCGAUUGUGAGGGGAUACAUUACGGGCAGUGCGUGGAAGGAGUACAAGAAGAGCGGGACGGUGCACGGGAUCAAAGUUCAGGAAGGACUGGUGGAGAGUCAGGAGUUUCCUCAAGCCAUCUUCACACCCAGCACCAAAGCUGAGCAGGGAUCGCACGAUGAAAAUAUUCAUCCCGACAAAGGUGAGUAUCGGUCGUGAUGGGGGGUUGCCAAUCUUCCUGACGGGUUCCAGGCUCGCUCUUUGCGGGUCACACGUGCAUUCUUCUAACAUUCGCUCGCGAUUUUGUCUCUUGCCCGCGCAUCAGUCGCGGAUCUGAUAGGUGCACACCUAGCCAAGGAGGUCGAAAGCGCAGCGUUGUCGCUUUUCAAACAAGCCUCAGCACACGCCAAAUCACGCGGCAUCAUUCUGGCCGACACAAAGUUUGAAUUCGGUCUGAUCUCUAGCACAUCUUCUUCGACUGGUCAGGCGAGCCAACAGCUGAUCUUGGUGGAUGAAGUCUUGACUCCAGACUCUUCGCGGUUCUGGUCGGCGACGGAAUAUCAAGUGGGCAAACCUCAGCAGAGCUUUGAUAAACAAUUUGUCAGGGAUUGGUUGAUCGAAGAGGGAUUGGAUGGCAAAGAAAAGGGAAAGGAUGGACAGAGUGUAAGAUUGCCUGAUAGGGUAGCUUUGGAUACCAGGGAUAAAUACCAGGAGGCGUACGAGAGGAUAACGGGCAGAAAGUGGCAAGCUUUGCAUUGA